AUGGCCCAGUACUCAGUGACGUCGACGAAACUGUACAUGCAGGCCAUGGCCCCCAUGAUGGAGGUGUUAUCCAAUUUGAGCCUAUCGAGCGACAGAAAGCAUCCGAAAAUCGAUAAAGAGUCUACGACUUCGACAUCCGUUGAUUCAUUCUUGCUGGACUUCAAGGAUGUGGAUGUUGACGUGAUCAGCAAACUUACGGAUGCUACUAAAGGUGCGUCUAAGGUGGCUAGGGAAAUUGCCAACGAGUGUAAGAGAGUCAGUUUGGCUAGAGGCCAGGACGAGAACGAUACUAUAUCUAUAGUUAGAGGAGUUGUCGAGAGCAACAAUACCGAUGAGGAGCUUCAAUCUGCGUUAUUUGACAUUUUGGGGUUUGAAGAGUUUGAAUUGAUUUCAAAGAUUGUCCAGAAUAGAGAUGCUCUUCAUGAACAGGAGGAAGCUGAUGCUCCAGUUGAUCCAGCCUCGCUUUCGCCUGAAGAAAGAGUGAAAUUGCUCGUCACCAAUAGAGAAAAACGCAAAAACGAGCCAUUGCUUCCGAAAAUCAAGCAGAACGGCCAGUACCCUCAUGUGUUCAAAAAACCUGACGUGGGUAAUGUCAUAGCAAUCACUGGAAAGUCGUACCUGUUGCCGCAGGGAACAACCAGAGCCAGUUAUCCUACCCACGAGGAGCUCAUUAUUCCAUACCCCGAAAACGUGUCCAACAGGUACAUCAAGGACUCUCAAUUGGUGCGUGUGGCCGACUUGGACUUCUUGUGCCAGGGCACCUUCUCCAACUAUAAAACGCUAAACAAAAUGCAGAGUUUAGUCUACCCAGUUGCAUAUAAUACCAACGAGAACAUGUUGGUGUGUGCCCCUACGGGUGCCGGUAAAACAGACGUUGCAUUGCUUACUAUUCUACAUACUAUUGGGCAGUUUGUUUCGGAGGUUGACGAUGGUGUUAUAGAUGUUGACUAUGACGAGUUUAAGAUCGUCUACGUUGCACCCCUUAAAGCUCUUGCUGCCGAAAUUGUGGAAAAGUAUGCCCAAAAGUUGAAAUGGCUCGGUAUCACUGUGAGAGAACUUACUGGUGAUAUGCAGCUAAGCAAAGCUGAGAUCAUGACUACCCAGAUUAUUGUCACGACGCCUGAAAAGUGGGAUGUGGUUACAAGAAAGCUGAUUGGCGAUGAUGAUCUUGUGGCAAAGGUUAAGCUUUUGAUUAUCGAUGAGGUCCAUUUACUUCACGAAGACCGUGGUUCUGUCAUUGAAACACUUGUGGCUAGAACGUUACGUCAGGUUGAAUCCACCCAGCAAAUGAUCAGAGUGGUGGGUCUUUCGGCUACCCUACCGAAUUAUAUGGAUGUUGCUGAUUUCUUGGGUGUUAACAGAAACAUAGGUAUGUUUUUCUUUGACCAGCUGUUCCGUCCAUGUCCACUUAAACAAGAAGUUUUGGGUGCUCGUGGUAAGGCUGGAUCCAAGACAGCACGAGAGAAUAUUGACAGAAUCUCAUACGAAAGGCUUCUUGACCAUAUUCUGGAAGGUCGCCAGGUCAUGGUGUUUGUGCAUUCCAGAAAGGAUACUGUCAAGACAGCUAGAACGUUCAUUUCAAUGGCCCAGGCAAACGGUCAGCUUGGCUACUUUGACGCAUCAGAUCUGUGUGAUUCAUACGACAGGUUUAAGAGAGAAAUGGGAACCAAGAAUAGAAACAAGGACAUGAAGGAACUCUUCCAGUAUGGUUUUGGUGUUCACCACGCCGGUAUGCUUCGAACUGAUAGAAACGUUACCGAGAAGAUGUUUUUGAGUGGAGCCAUCAAGGUCCUUUGCUGUACUGCUACUUUGGCCUGGGGUGUUAACUUACCAGCUGCAGUGGUUAUCGUCAAAGGAACUCAGGUUUACGACGCCAAACAGGGUGGAUUCGUUGACUUGGGUAUUUCUGAUGUUAUCCAGAUUUUUGGUCGUGCUGGUAGACCCCAGUUUGAAAAGUUUGGUACCGGUAUUUUGUGUACUACCAGUGACCGUCUUGACCAUUACGUUUCGUUACUUUCACAACAGCAUCCUAUUGAAUCUAAGCUUCUGGCAAAGCUUAUUGAUAACUUGAAUGCGGAAGUGUCCCGUGGUACAGUGACUACAAUCGACGAGGGUGUUCAAUGGCUCGGUUACACUUUCAUGAUGGUGAGAAUGAGACAGAACCCAUUUGCGUACGCCAUUGAAUGGCGUGAACUCGAAGAAGAUCCAACUCUUACUAUGAGAAGAAGGAAGAUGAUUAUUGACGCCGCUAGAAGACUUCAUUCUCUACAGAUGAUUGUCUUUGACGAGAAUUCUGGUGCUCUUGUUCCUAAAGAUUUGGGUAGAAUUGCGUCUGACUUCUACUUGCUCAACAACUCCAUUGAAAUCUUCACUCAAAUGCUUAACCCAUUGGCUACUGAAGCUGAUUUGUUGUCGAUGAUCAGUAUGAGUAGUGAGUUCGAUAACAUCAAGUUCAGAGAAGAAGAGAAGGUCGAAUUGACGAAACUUGUUGAGAAUGAGACCCCUUGUCAAGUAGCUGGUGAGGCCGAGUCUGCUCCAUGGAAGACGAAUAUCCUUCUUCAAGCAUUUGUUUCUCAGACACAAAUCAAGGAUUCAGCUUUGAUUUCUGACCUGAACUAUGUUGCUCAAAACUCUACCAGAAUCUGCAGAGCCUUAUUUUUAAUUGGUAUCAACCGCCGUUGGGGUGCAUUCUCCAAGGCCAUUCUUUCUAUUUGCAAGUCUAUCGAUAGAAGAAUGUGGGCUUUUGACCAUCCACUUGCCCAAUUCGAUCUCCCAGAACAUGUGUUGAAGAAUAUCCGUUCUAAGAACCCAUCCAUUGAAACGUUACGUGAUCUUUCAGCUCCAGAAUUGGGUGAUCUCGUUCACAACUCCAACUCGGGUAAAACCUUGUACCGCUUGAUCAGCAGAUUCCCUUACUUGGAAAUCGACGCUGAGAUUUUCCCUAUCACCAGCAAUGUCAUCAGAAUGCAUGUGGUGUUGGAACCUGACUUUGUAUGGGAUGAACGUUACCAUGGAAACGCCCAGUUCUUCUGGGUGACUGUUGAAGAGUCUGAAGAUACAAAGAUUCUUCAUGUGGAGAAGUACAUUUUGCGUCGUAACUCCAUGAGAAACCCACACGAGCUUGACUUUAUGAUUCCACUUUCGAAUCCUCCACCAGCACAGAUUGUUGUGAGGGUACUUUCUGAUACAUGGAUUGGAUCUGAGUCGCUGCAUUCUGUAUCGUUCCAACACCUCAUUAAGCCCACCAAUGAUACUGUGAGAACAAACCUUUUACGUUUGCAACCACUUCCUAUUACGGCAUUGCAUAAUGAUAAGAUCCAGUCUGUGUACGAGUCCAAGUUCCGCUACUUCAAUCCAAUGCAGACAAUGACGUUCCACUCGCUUUACAAUACCAACUCUAAUGUGUUUGUGGGUUCUCCUACUGGUUCAGGAAAGACUGUGGUUGCAGAAUUGGCUAUUUGGCAUGCUUUCAACGAGUUCCCUGGUUCAAAGGUAGUAUACAUUGCGCCAAUGAAGGCCUUGGUUAGGGAAAGAGUUGAAGACUGGAGGGCAAGAAUUUGCAAGCAAACUGGCCAUAAACUAGUGGAAUUGACAGGUGAUUCUUUGCCUGAAGCUAAGGAAGUCAGAGAAGCUGAUAUCAUUAUCACAACUCCAGAAAAAUUCGAUGGUAUUUCUCGUAACUGGCAAACCAGAAAGUUUGUUCAAGAAGUGUCGUUGGUUAUUAUGGAUGAAAUCCAUCUUUUGGCCAGUGACAGAGGUCCUAUUUUGGAGAUGAUUGUCAGUCGUAUGAACUAUAUUUCGUCUCAGACAAAGAAACCAAUCCGUUUGUUGGGUAUGUCUACUGCUGUUUCGAAUGCCAUUGAUAUGGCAGGCUGGCUUCGUGUUCGUGAAGGUCUUUUCAACUUCCCACAGUCUGUUCGUCCAGUUCCUUUGCAGAUGUACAUUGAUGGUUUCCCAGACAAUCUUGCUUUCUGUCCAUUGAUGAAGACCAUGAAUAAGCCUGCUUUCAUGGCAAUCAAGCAGCAUUCGCCUACCAAACCAGUUUUGAUUUUCGUCGCUUCCCGUCGUCAAACAAGACUUACUGCUCUUGAUCUUAUCCAUUUAUGUGGUAUGGAGCUGAACCCAAGACGUUUUGUUAACAUGGACGACUUUGAGCUUACGGAUGUUUUGGAGAAGGUCAAAGACGAAACCUUAAAAUUAUCCUUGCAAUUCGGAAUGGGAUUGCAUCAUGCUGGUUUGGUUGAAUCUGACCGUCAAAUAGCACAUAAGCUUUUUGAAGCAGGUAAGAUCCAGAUCUUGAUUGCAACUUCCACUUUGGCUUGGGGUGUCAACUUGCCUGCUCAUUUGGUUAUUAUCAAAGGUACUCAGUUCUUCGACUCCAAAAUCGAAGACUACAAAGACAUGGACUUGACGGAUAUUCUCCAGAUGAUGGGUAGAGCAGGUCGUCCUGCUUUCGAUACCAGUGGUAUUGCAAUUGUGUACACCAAAGAAGCCAAGAAGGUGUUCUACAAGCACUUUUUGAACAUUGGUUUCCCUGUGGAGUCUUCGUUGCAUAAGGUGUUGGAUAACCAUAUUGGUGCAGAAAUUGCCAGUGGAACAAUCACCACCAAGCAACAAGCUCUUGACUUCUUGACUUGGACGUUCUUGUACAGACGUGCUCACAACAAUCCAACAUACUAUGGCAUUGAAGACUUGAGUGACGCUGGUAUUUCUAAGUACUUGGGUGGUCUUAUUGAUGAUGCUAUUGAGAACUUGACUGAGUCUCGUUGUAUCACUCAUACUGGUAAAGACGAGCUUUUGCCAUCUCCAUUCCUUCAGGUGUCUUCUUACUACUACCUUUCCCAUCUUACGAUCAGGACGAUUCUUGGUAGUAUUACGAAGGACUCUUCAUUCCAGGAAUGCUUGAAGUUAUUGUGUCUGGCUACAGAGUAUGAUGAACUCGCUACAAGACACGGUGAAGAACUUAUCAACAUGGAAAUGUCUCAAGCCAUGAGGUAUCCUGCUGAAGAUAUGGAACGUGAGUUCAUUUGGGAUCCCCAUGUGAAGGCGUACUUGUUGAUCCAGGCGUUCAUGAGUCGAGUCGACCUUCCAAUUGCCGAUUACGCUCAAGAUACGGUUUCUGUAUUGGACCAAGCCUUGCGUAUUUUGCAAGCCUUUAUUGAUGUUGCUUCUGAGCUUGGAUACUUGAAUGUUGUAUUAACGUUUGUGAAGUUGAUGCAAUGUAUCAAGCAGAGAAUCUGGUACGACGAAGAUCCCGUAACGGCAUUGCCUGGAAUCCAAGUCCUGAAACGCAAGGACAAUGCUCUUGAUCUCAAGAAGGUAGGAACUUCAAACAAGGGAUACCUUUAUAAGUUGGCAGAAAAGCUUGGUGUUGAAGAUUUCGACGAGAAGGAUGGUGUCAAGGAGUUUGUUCGUAUCGCUUCACAUUUACCUACAGCUCAACUUAAGGUCGAACAGACUUCCUCUGAAUCUUUAAGGGUUGAGCUUGAGCAUGACAAUUACCCUCUCAACAAGGAUUUCAAGAUGUAUGCUCCACAUUUCCCUAAACCACAGAGAGAGUCCUGGUUUGUCAUUAUCUGCGAUAAGAACAAAGAGGAGCUUUUACUUAUUAAAAGAGCUUCACCAAGGCUUCACGGAAAGAAGGGUAAAGUGGCCUGUUCCUUGGAAAUCUUCGACGAUAUGAGAAACCAAGAAGUGGUUGUCCACUGCGUUAACGAUGCCAUGGAUAUCAGCUACGAAACUACACUCACAUUGCAAUAA